UAGCUACAUCAUUGUCACUUUUUAGUUACAGAAAUGGAUUCAAGUGAUCUGAUUCAUGAGUUGAUAUACAUAGUGCUUAUGCCUGUAGUAUGUGUGUCUCUGUGUAUCAUCCUACCUCCCGUCUUCAUCUUCAACUUCAUACGUACUAUCUUACAAUAUUACAUCUCCCCAGAGAACAUGAAUGGAAAAGUAGUUCUCAUCACUGGUGCUACAUCAGGAAUUGGAGAGCAAAUGGCUUACCAGUAUGCAAAGAGAGGAGCUUCACUUGUGAUAGUUGGGAGGAAUGCCCACCACCUUCCAAAGGUUGCAGAGACAGCUCGUGGCCUGGGCUCUCCUGAUGUCCUGGAGGUUUGUGCAGAUGUUUCCAUUGUUGAAGAUUGCAAGCGCUUUGUUGAUGAAGCUAUCAAACACUUUGGCAGAUUGGAUCAUCUGGUCAAUAAUGCGGGUAUUGCCUCUGUAAGCCCAAUUGAAGAUGUCACAGAUUUUACGAAUUUUACACGUGUGAUGGACAUAAACUUUUGGGGAUAUGUUUAUCCAACCCAUUUUGCAAUUCCUCACCUCAAAAAAAGCAAGGGAAAAAUUCUUGCCAUUUCGUCUGUUGCUGCAUUGGUGCACCCUCCCACAAUGGGCAUCUAUAGUGUAAGUAAAUCGGCAAUAAAAACUUUCUUUGAAACGUUGAGAUCUGAAUUGGCACCUUCAAUCACAGUAACAAUUGCAACUCUUGGAUUUAUAGAUUCAAAAAUGCUCAGAAGAGAACAGCUGUCUAAGGUUGUUUUUCAAUUAGUUCCGGUGAUGACUUCAAGGAGAGCUGCAGAAGCCCUUGUUGACGGGGUGAGGCGAGGAGAAAGACAUGUGACCGAGCCAAAAUGGUACAGGGUGUGGUUUUUGGUGGGAGCUUUAUGCCCUCAAGUGAUGGACUGGUGUUAUGGUCGCAUUUUAUUUCCCCAACUCAAACAUGCCUUAGAUGAAGCAUCCGUUUCAACGUCACAAACUAAAGCAGACUAGGUUCCAUAGUUAUUGGAUUCAUAUUUUAUAAAUAUAUUUAUUUCUAAUAUUUAUAUCUUUUUGUUGAUUUCUAAUAUUUAUAUGAAAAAUGCUUAAAAGUUGACCCCAAUAGUCCAAUUGUGGGAAUCGGGUGUAAACUGUGAAAUAUAUGUUUUAUGUAUAUCUUCAUUACGUGUACACCAUGAUGGUAUCAAUUAAUACUGAUCUACAUGGACAUUUCUUUUGUCUAUAAAUUUUUUAUUUAAGUAAUAA